GCUUGUCUUGCUGUCUUCUCAGUGAAGACAGCUGGCUGGGUAGCCAGCGAGUGUAUGAUCUUACGCCGUUUUACCAACGUAUAAUAAAAUCGAAGCUAUUAGAAAUGAGUACAUGAUCGGUGCCCUAAGUAAUAAGAAAAAAAGAGUCGCAGCAUUUGUACAUCAGACAACAGGGAUCCGGCUGCGGUGAGCCAUGCUGUCCAGACUGCGCGCGGCGGCGCGGCCGUGCGUCGGCGUGUGCCGCUGGGCGCACACCAAGGAGAAGGGCAAGCCGCUGAUGCUCAACCCGCGCACCAACAAGGGCAUGGCCUUCUCCCUGAAGGAGAGGCAGAUUCUGGGGCUGCACGGGCUGCUGCCCCCCAAGAUCGAGACGCAGGACAUCCAGGCCCUGCGCUUCCAGAGGAACCUGGACAAAAUGACCGACCCCCUGGAGAAGUACGUCUACCUGAUGGGGAUUCAGGAGCGUAACGAGCGGUUGUUCUACCGCGUGCUGAUGGAGGACAUCGAGAAGCUGAUGCCCAUAGUGUACACGCCCACAGUGGGCCUGGCCUGCACGCAGUACGGCCACAUCUUCCGCCGGCCCAAGGGCCUGUUCAUAUCCAUCCUGGACCGCGGCCACGUCCGCUCCAUCCUGGACAACUGGCCGGAGAGCAACGUGAAGGCGGUGGUGGUGACGGACGGCGAGCGGAUCCUGGGCCUGGGGGACCUCGGGGUGUACGGCAUGGGCAUCCCCGUGGGCAAGCUCUGCCUGUACACGGCCUGCGCUGGCAUUCGGCCCGAGAGCUGCCUGCCCGUCUGCAUCGACGUGGGCACCGACAACGAGACGCUGCUGAAGGACCCCUUCUACAUGGGCCUGUACCAGAAGCGUGACCGCUCGCAGCUCUACGACGACCUGAUCGACGAGUUCAUGGAGGCGGUGGUGCAGAAGUACGGCCAGAGCACGCUCAUCCAGUUCGAGGACUUCGGGAACCACAACGCCUUCCGCUUCCUGCGCAAGUACCGCGAGAAGUACUGCACCUUCAACGAUGACAUCCAAGGGACUGCGUCUGUGGCUCUGGCUGGACUGCUGGCUGCACAGAGGGCCAUUGGGAAGCCCAUCACCGAACACAGAGUCCUCUUCCUGGGGGCUGGAGAGGCCGCCCUGGGUAUCGCCAACUUGAUCGUCAUGGCAAUGAUGGAGGGGGGCACGUCGCAGGCCGAUGCCAGGAAGAAGAUCUGGAUGUUUGACAAGUACGGCCUGCUGGUGCAGGGUCGAGAACAGGCAACGGACAGCAACCAGGAGGCGUUUGUGCACCCCGGCCCGGGCGAUGUUCAGAGCUUCCUGGACGCCGUCAACGUAAUCAAACCGACCGCCAUCAUCGGUGUGUCCGGGGCCGGCCGACUCUUCACCAAGGAAGUGCUCACAGCCAUGGGCUCUCUGAACGAGCGGCCAAUCAUCUUCGCCCUGAGCAACCCCACAACCAAGGCCGAGUGCUCUGCGGAAGAUGCCUAUACGUUCACACAGGGGCGGUGCCUGUUUGCGAGCGGAAGCCCGUUCGGCCCCGUAACCCUUAGCGACGGGCGCACUCUCACACCUGGACAGGGCAACAACGCCUACAUCUUCCCCGGGGUGGCUCUGGCUGUGAUCCUCAGUGGUGUCAGACACAUCAGCGACACGGUCUUCCUGGAGGCCGCCAAGGUGGCGCAGUACCUGUACACCAAAGGCAUGGCCUUCCACUACCCAGAGCCCCUGGACAAGGACAGCUACGUCAGGUCCACUGUGUGGAACACCCACUACGACUCCUUCCUGCCCGACGUCUUCGACUGGCCCACGCAGGCCCAGACGCCCCCCAACAUCGAGUAGAGGGUCUGAACGGAGGGAGGAGGCUCCAGAAUAAGCAGGGAAAAAAGGAGGAGUAGAAGAGGGGGAUGGGUGGGCAGGAGAAAGGGAAAGAGUGGAGAAGGAUCUACGGAGUAGCUUUGUUGCUAUGAUACACUCACUUGGGCUAGCCAUAGGGCCUAUGAAGUCCGUGACCACUCCUGUUUUUUUGUUGCCAUAGUUAUUUUGCCAUAGUUUGUGUUGUUGGUGUCAACCUUCCGUAACUGUAAACACUGCUGAUGUUGUGUUGGAGAAUAACUCCUCUGUUUUGCCCCCGUUUGGUUUUUACGUUGAAAUGUUUCACAUUAGGGAUGUGACCUUAAUCGCACCUGAAGGGAAAGACGUUCGUCCCGUAACACCACUCCAGCCGUAAGGUCCCUUACAUCGCGUGGAAAAAGACGUUUUUAAUUAUUUGUGUUGAAAAACUGAAUUCACAUCGUUGUGCAUUUUGUGUUCAAAGAUUAAUAUCUUAGAAUAUUUUAUCCUGUGUUGUGCCUCUGGUGAAGUAACUGACAGAAGGAGUAAGUUGGAGAGGGACCUAGAUUCCCUCUGCUUAUUGGUUGUGUUAUGAAGCUGAGACCCUGUAUUCCCUAAGUGUAGAGCAGUGGGAUAUUCCCCCUCUCAGUCCGCAUGCAGGCAGUUCUGAUUACGCAAAGGGCAUGUGGUCAGCGUUCCUUAUUAAUGCACUUAUCUCAGAUAACCUGAUGUGUGAAAUGCAGGCCCAUGUGCAGGGCUAGGGCUUGAAGAAUGGCGCGCGUGUGUGUGUGUGUGAAACGCCACUCUGUUUGAAUGAGACCCCAAUACAGUGCAUUUUUAUGAUUGAUCUGUGACCGUUGUGACUCUGUGACCCUCUCUGUUGCCGCAGAAACAAAUGGAUGAUUGACAGUCCCGGAAGCGUUAUUGCGAGCAAUGUCUCAAAUAUCUACCAUUUAAAGACCCUUCUGUCUGAACACAAAUACACAAGGAAUGACUUUC